GUCAAUUUCUCUUUCAACAUCUGCCACGCUCGUGUUGAUAUCAGUUUUAUUUACAGGUGUUUGAGUAUCAUUCAUAAAGAAAAUGUCCGAAUCUUCCACUUUCAAUUGCAGUACAAUUGCAACCGGGAAUUACACUGACUUCACACAACUGGGACAUCCACUGACUUCACACAACCGGGAAUUCUACUGACUUCACACAACCGGGAAUUCCCAGUUGCAAUUCUUUUACCAUGUCGUGGCCUAGUUGACUAAGGCAGCGUUUGGGAUCAUCCCGGGCGUUUACGAGCAUUUAUUGCAAUGGCUGAAUUGAUAAAGAUUUUACUGGAUUUCUCUGAACGUGCUGGAGAAAUUGCCCGAUCUAUUCGCCAGGAGCCUAAGCUAUUUGCUCUGCUUGUUGAAGAAAAGGGUGAAGCUGAGAAAAAUCAGCGAUUUGAUCAUGACUUCAAAACUUUAGCAGAUGUGUUAAUUCAAGAAGCCCUCAGACACCAUCUUAUUCAUGUGAUUCCUAGCCUUGGUGACCACGUUCAUGGGGAGGAAAGUGCCGAGUUUACAAAUACUCUUGGAGAAAAAAUUAUUGUGCAAAUCUGUGAUACACAACAAGAAACUGCUACACUUCUUGCAAAGGUUUUGGAUGGUAAUCAGGAAGCAGCAGAUAUUUUGGCAGAUGUUGUUCACUCUGAUAUUAACCGAAGCUCAGAACCAGAAUUAUUAAAACAAAUACCUAAUUUACCAAUAGAAAAUUUAGGUAUAUGGAUUGAUCCAAUUGAUUCUACUGGAGAGUAUGUAAAAGGUGAAAUUGGAACAAGUUGUAAUGGUAUAUAUACCCAUGGGCUUCAGUGUGUUACAGUUCUUAUUGGCUUGUAUGACCGUUUGUCUGGCUUACCUCUUGGGGGCAUCAUCAAUCAACCAUUUGCUGUGUUUAAUGAAGAGAACCAGAGUUGGCAGGGAGAGGUAUACUGGGGUGUGAGCUACGGCAGUGUUAGCAUCCAUAAUGUGCCACUCAAGACAUCCAGUCAUCGAGAUGGACGACCUAUACUUCUCGUGUCUUCUAGCGAAGAUGUCAAGUUGCAAGAAAAGUUCAAGAAUAAAUUCAGUGUAGUACAUGCCACCGGUGCUGGUUACAAGCUUCUGGCAGUAGCCCUUGGACAUGCAUCUGCAUGUGUAUCCUCAAAGGGAUCAACAUUCCGUUGGGACACAGCAGCUCCUCAUGGACUACUGGUUGCGCAGGGAGGUGGUAUAAUAAUCUAUCAGAAAAUUGGUCAGCUUCCAAGAGAAAAGAAAAUUGCAGUUGACUGUUUGAAUGAAGUACAAAUCAGGUAUCACAAACCAAAUGAUAAUACAACUCGGCAUAGUUUAAUGUGGUGCAACGAAGGUGGGUUUGUAGCUUACCAUGAUCCAAGUGUAUUAUCUUCCAUCUCGGACUGCCUUUAAAAGAAUGCUUCAUAAUACGCAUAUAAAAUACCAUUCCACGUUCUCUUUGAAGCAUAAAUCAAAUCCAGUUUUAAACUUUAUUUAGUUAAAUAAUUUGCCUUCAUAAAGUUUUAUUUUUUAGUUUUAUUUACCUGAGGGCCACCAUCUAUAAUGGCCUUGAUGGGGAUAGGAAGCCAGUGGCUUGUGAAAGGUCACUCCCCCCUUUUCUUUAACCUCUGGGCUGUGCCAGUUUUUUAGCCCACAUUCCCCAUUGUGCAGGAAAACUUCCAAAAUAUUUUUUUCUCAUAAUAUUAAAAUUUGGUUCCCGAUCACGAGGAAAAAUUAACAGUGUUAAACAUAAUAAAGCGCCUCUUUCUGGUAGAACCCCGGUGGCUCGCUGAGAUUGCUCCAUUCUACUUGUCACAUCAGUUGCAUGAGUUCGUUUGGCCUAUCUAGAACCAGUUCCAGAGCCUGGCUUCCUUAAAUGAGGCAGAAAGAGCAAAUGACAUUUCACUGGGCAACCAUCCAGAAAGUCAGCAAAGAUUUACAAACUACUACUGAGUUCACAUGACUCAGCACCACAAAACUACCAAACAACUCCCCAAACAAUUAAAAAAAAAAUAGAA